CAUACAUAUGAUGAUAUGGAAGAAAAGCCCCCUGCGCCUCCAGUCAGGCUGACAAGUACAAGAGAACCUGGUCACUGUGUUGAUUUGAAACCACUUCCAAAAGAACCUGAAAAUGAUAAAUGGAGGAUUAAAAUAAAGUCAUCUAAAAAUGUGAAAGAAAAGAAAAAAGAUCCUGAUAAAUUAGUCAUAUCACCACCUCUUAAUUUUGAGCAUACAUUACAUGUGGGAUUUGACCCUGAUACUGGAGAAUUCACUGGCUUGCCAGAGACAUGGUCGUUGUUGCUAAAAAAUUCUAACAUCACUAAAUUAGAGCAAAAAGAAAAUCCGCAGGCUGUACUUGACGUUUUGAACUGGUAUGAUGCCUCCACAAAAGAUACUGAAGAUUCUAAAUACAUGACCAUUAAUAAAACAUUAGCUGAACUUGUGAGCCUUUGGUGUCCAAAUCCAUCAGUUGGUAUAAGCUAUUUUAGUGAUCCUGGUUCAUGUAAUGCUUUGAUGAAUAUGCCAACUUGUCAACUAAAGAGAGAGACAGCUCAUCUAAAAUGCUUAGAUACAAAAGAAAGUGCAGAUGCAGUGUCUUUACCUCCGUCAACUCCAGAUGACACCAAUACUAUUUAUAUGAAUCCUAUAGAAGAAGAAUUUGAGAGAAGUUCAUCUGACAUAGAUACAGAAUGUCAUUAUACAGAAAUUACUGUAUCAAACAAUAACAACAACAACAUUUCAAAAGUAAAGAAGAAGAAAAUUACUGAUGAGGAAAUUGUUGAGCGACUAAAGGCAAUUGUUUCCACUGAUGAUCCAAAUAAAAAAUAUGCGAAAAUGGAAAAGAUUGGACAAGGUGCUUCUGGUACUGUAUACACUGCUAAAGAACGGAAUAGUGGAUUGGAAGUUGCAAUUAAGCAAAUGAAUUUAUCUAAUCAACCAAAGAAAGAACUCAUUAUUAAUGAAAUUUUAGUUAUGCGUGAAAAGAAACAUCCUAAUAUUGUAAAUUACCUGGAUAGCUAUUUAGUGGAAGAUGAACUUUGGGUUGUAAUGGAGUAUCUGCCGGGUGGUUCCCUUACAGAUGUCGUUACAGAGACUUGCAUGGAUGAAGGUCAAAUAUCAGCUGUUUGCCAAGAAGAAUGAAUGCUUGCUGGUCCU